CACCUGUCAGCUGUUCAGUGCGGUAAAUCAUCGCACAGUGCAGAGGCAAAUGUUAUGGGCAGAUAUUUGAUGACUGAAUUUAAAUAGUGGGUUGAGCUUGUGUAACCACUGUGGUUUUUCACCUUUAAAGUUCAGCAUGUGGUUUAUAACUGUACUUGGAGUCAAUACAUGAAGCAAUAAAUACUCCAGAACAUUCUCACACACUGGAGUUGGUAAGUAAAUGGUCUGUUUUAUAACAUGUGUUCAUGAAGAAUGAUUCACUCAAAUGAAAGAUCCGUUUUGUUUGUAAGUAAUAAGUUGGAUGUUCAAAAGGGACAUUUCCCACAUAAUGAUUUAAUUUGGACGCUGAUGACGCAUCUUACAAAUGAAUAGCUAGUUGUGGUACUUUUCUUUCUUUCUUUAAAAGAAAACCCUUUCUUUUGUCUUUAUAUACAAACAGGUGAAGAGACAGAAAUCAUAAAUUAGUUCAAUAAAUUGUACAAGGUUAAUAAACUUAAAGUUUACAUUGCUUUCUUAUUUUCACAGUAUAGUAAGUAUAGUAUGCACUGUAUUGUUUGAUUUCACUUGGUUGGUUUAUAAUUGGAAGUUUUAGAUUUAUGGAUGAGGAAUUUUGCAUAAAGAAGGACAUCAACUUGAUGAUAAUACUGAUUUCUUUACGUAGAAGGGUAAGAAAAAAAGCCAAACAACACAUUUUUUUUUAUAUAAAAGGGUCAAAUCAGAAACAAUAAACUGGGAAAUAAAAGCACAAACAUUAAGACCAAAAUAAAUGAGCACGGUACACCAGUGUCCUUUUUAAAUCUGUGCUAAACUAAUUUGGAGGGAUAACAGCGUCGAACUCUUUUAAAAGACACUUCUGUGACUUAUUUAAAAUCAAAUAUAUAUAUAUAUAACAAUAACUUUCCUCCAGCGGCACCGAGGCAGUCAGCUGACGUCCCGUCAACAUGGCCGCACACUGGAGCAGCGCGGAGCUAGCACUGCUAGUGGUAAACAAUCCCGUGGAGUCAGGUCACAGCCAAUAAACUGCACCGUGUAGGCACAUUUCUGAUGACAUGACAGUGAAAUCUACCGUACUAACAGCCAACAACCGGGGGGGCUUAUCACUGAACGGCAUCGGUAGUUAAUUUAGCAGCUAACGUGUAGCUAAGUUAGCUCUUAAGAUCUUGACGUGUUGUCUUCUUCCCUGUUUCUUCUUUCGAGCUGAACCGAAACACACACACAGGUCGGACACAUCAGCUGCAUGUUACUGGGACGGCUGGUAUUGAAAACAAUGCCUCAUUAAUAUAUCAUUUUGUGUGGGCCCACCUUUUCUCAACCCUGCUAUUUCUAAUGAGUUUUCUGCACACAACAACAACAACAACAACAACAACAGACUGUACCUUAUUAGUAAAGCAAUAAGUGCUACAGAGAGGUUGUUGAACUAGCCCCUGGUGAUCUUAACCCCUGGUGUCCUCUAUGUCCAGCAGCCACGAUGAAUACAGCUUGAAGUACAUGAGCAACCUUAUGGGCAGUAGGAGACAGAAAUCAAUAGAUGAUGGAGAGCGGAGUCUCAUUGGGCCCCCAUCUGGGGACUCUGCCUCCGCUGGGGACCUCCUGGACAAAGAUCCCUCCACGCCGGGCUUCAUCUAUGUGCUGGCGUUUUUCUCUGCCCUGGGAGGAUUUCUCUUCGGGUACGACACUGGCGUGGUGUCCGGAGCCAUGCUGCUCCUGAAGAAGGAGAUGAAACUGAGCAAUCUGUGGCAGGAGCUGCUGGUCUCCAGUACCGUUGGGGCUGCAGCACUCGCCGCCCUAAGUGGAGGCUUCUUGAACGGGUGGCUGGGGCGCAAGAUCUGCAUCCUUUUGGCCAGUUUCAUCUUCAGCACCGGUGGCGUCAUCUUGAGUUUGGCCCCGGACAAGGUGGUUCUUCUCGUGGGCAGAAUCGUAGUCGGUUUGGGUAUAGGCAUAGCCUCCAUGACAGUUCCUGUAUACAUUGCUGAAAUUUCCCCCUCUCACCAGAGAGGUCAGCUGGUCACCAUCAACUCCCUCUUCAUCACCGGUGGCCAGUUAAUUGCCAGUGUCAUUGAUGGAGCUUUCAGCUACAUGAGCCACGACGGCUGGAGGUACAUGUUAGGUCUGUCUGUUGUCCCAGCAGUGCUGCAGUUUGUCGGCUUCUUCUUCCUGCCGGAGAGCCCCCGCUGGCUUCUCCAAAAGGGCCGGGGCCAGGAGGCCCGUCGGGUUCUCAGCCAGAUAAGAGGAGGCCAGAACAUUGAUGAGGAGUAUGACACCAUCAGAACCAGCAUCGAGGAAGAGGAGAAAGAAGCAGGUGGAGGAGGCCUUGUUAUUCUGCGGAUCCUUCGCCACGGUCCGACUCGCAGGGCUCUCAUCGUUGGCUGUGGCCUGCAGAUGUUUCAGCAGCUGUCUGGAAUAAACACCGUCAUGUACUACAGUGCAACCAUCCUGCAGAUGGCGGGGGUGAGGGAUGAUAAUCAGGCAAUCUGGUUGGCUGCUGCAACUGCUGCUACCAACUUUGUGUUCACCUUGGUUGGAGUCUGGCUUGUGGAGAGAGUGGGCCGCAGGAAGCUGACCCUGGGCAGUCUUUUAGGUACUGGUCUCAGCCUGACUUUGUUGGCAGUCGGGUUCUUGCUGUCUGCCCAGAAUUCUCCGCCCGUUACCCUCCAUCCAGUCGACUCCCAGAACUCAUCCUGCAGGCUAUAUGGGUCAUGUGAAUCCUGCAUGUUGGAUUCGGACUGUGGAUUUUGUUAUCGUGAAAACGGCACCAGAGUGUACGACUCCUCCUGUGUCCCUGUCAGCCCAGCGUCCGCAGAUCACGCCGCCUGGGGAAGUUGUUCCAACCAGACAGACCCAACUGACAGCCCGAUCUGGGCCUACAACUACUGUCCAACAUCCUACUCCUGGAUCGUUCUGUUGGGCCUCAUCCUCUAUCUUGCAUUCUUUGCUCCAGGUAUGGGCCCCAUGCCUUGGACAGUGAACUCCGAGAUCUACCCACUGUGGGCCCGCAGCACCGGCAACGCCUGUUCAGCCGGGGUCAACUGGAUCUUCAACGUUCUGGUGUCUCUGACCUUCCUUCACGUCGCUGAGUUCCUGACCUAUUAUGGGGCGUUCUUCAUGUACACAGGGCUGGUGGUGUUGGGUCUCCUCUUCGUCCAGGGCUGCCUCCCAGAGACGCAGGGCCUGCAGCUGGAGGACAUCGAGAACCUGUUCGCUGGUCAGCUCUGCUCCUGUGGCGCCUCCUCAACCCAUGGCAAUGGCCACGUCCAUUACAUCCGGGUAAAAGGCAGCAACUACCUCCCCUCUGAAAGCGAUGCCUCAGAAGUAGAGUAGGCUGGGAAGAUUUUGUUUCUCCACUCUGUCCGUUGGUUUGCUGAUGUGGGGAGGAAAGGUAAUCCUGUUGCCCUCUGGUGGCUGCAAUCAAACAUAAGCAUACAAGGCUUGAGCUCUCCAGUGAUUGACUCUGAUUGGCACUUUCCCCUCAUCAGUAAUCUCUGUCUUUUAGCUGGGAGUUGGUCUGCUUUGGAUUUCUUCUUUUGUGCAUUCUUCUUGCCAUCAUUCCCUUUGUCAUUAAAGCCAACAUUGGAGCAAGAUUUUCCAGGAUUAUGGUGAGCAGGAUUCUUUAGAACAGUGUUGCUGGGGUAAUGAAUAUCCCAGGAAAGCUAUAGUAUGUAUUAACCAAAAAAUGAUGUCUUAAAACUGAAACUGAUACAUAAUUUGGUACCCAUUCCUUGUUUUACAAACUUACCAUAUGUAUUUUAUUGUAUCGGUAUUAUUUACUUCAUGUUAAAGAUGCACUUUGGGGAAUGAUUUUGGUUUUCCUAGCAAGUAGUAUUUUUUUCAGUGAGACUAUUUCUACUAUUAUUGAUUUUGUUUUUUUACUUAUCUGUACAUUUGCAUAUGCCUAUAUUCUUUCAAAACACCUUCCUGUUGAAAUCACUAACACAGGUUUAAUCUUUUAAAUCUGUGCGGGUGUGAAACAAAAUAGUUGAUUGUGGGUGGCUGCUAUUGUGUGCACUGUGGGAGAGAUUGCACUUUAAGAAUCAAAAAGGUGUCUAAAAGAUUUUUAUAUGUCAGAUUGCUUGAACGAGUUGCUCAAAUCUUUAAUUUUCUAGCAAGGUUCAGAAUUCAGCCCAGCACACUAUGGAGCCGUGGGGAGCCUAUAUCACUGUAAGUAAGGCAUCACAGUGCUAGGUGCGCUACAACAGUGUUAAAGAUAUUCCUUUUUAAAUGUUUGAUUUCAUGUCUUUGUUUUCACAGCUCAGAUAAUGGUGACGAAGUAAGCCCUGAAUAACUUCAUACAAAGCACCUUUGUACGGAACGCCCUGUCUGGGCUAGUAUACUUUGAUAUAUGCUAGUUUGCUUUUUAGUGGCUAAUCUAAAAACUGUACAAGAUUUCUUAUUAACGUUUUCUGAUGAACGCAGUCUUCUUUUUAUGACAGUUCAAACCAGAAAUUGCCAUUUCAGUGCAAAUGAUAAGUGUUCCUUUAAAUGUUUUAUUGAAGAACAAUCUUAAUUUUAUUUCUAGUAAUGUGGGAUUUUUAUGAACACCUGGAAAUGUCUUAACUGAAGUUUUCCAAUGAGAGAAACAGUUGGAAAUUGCACAAAAACCUUUAUAUUUAUGGGAAGAACAUUUUUCAAUAUUAGCAACUACAUAUUUUGUGGUGAAAGAUCCAUAAUCCUUUCACAUGAUGUCAUCAUUUCUUGUGAAGACUCAUGAGCAAUAUGAUAGCAGUGAUAUCAACCAGCUACUAUUCAUGUAAAUCUUGAUUACUGGCCUGUAGGAGAAAUUCAAAAAGGUAAAAAAGUAUUUGUAUUGGAAAAUGUAUUCUAUAUACUAGCACUGCCCUUUUGUACAACAGACUUAAUUUAUCCUCAGGUGGAUGAAGCAGUAGUUUAUAGGCCAUAGAUUUUAAUUUAACCUAAUUGGUGGGGAGGUGUGUUCAUUCUGGUACUGUGUCAUUUAACAUUAUGUCCAUGAAACGACGUAUAUACAAUUACACUCAGAGUUCUCUCCUGUUCUGUUCAUCAAUAUGAUCGUUGGGGAAAUAAACAUACACACAUUGAAGCAGU